AUGGAAAACUUGAACCGUCGUAUCGAAGAGAUUGACCACCAGGGUCUCUUGGUCAAAAAGCAAAAAAAGACAGAAGACCAAGUAUGUCACUUUCCUUCGGAUGGGCAUAUCAACGACUUGCUUGAACGCAAUCAAGAUUGGUCGGAAAAGACGGCCAAAAACUAUCCUCGCUUCUUCGACGCUACCAAGGAUGUUCAGUCUCCACAAGUUUUGUGGAUUGGUUGUUCCGACUCUCGUGUACCCGAAACAACUAUCCUGAACUUGCUUCCCGGCGAGGUCUUUGUUCAUCGUAACAUUGGAAAUGUCGUGUCUCGUUCCGAUGUGAACUGUUUGGCUGUCAUGGAAUACUCGGUUACCGUAUUGAAGGUCAAACACAUCAUUGUGUGCGGACAUUACGGUUGCGGCGGAAUUAAAGCAAGUUUGGGUCCCCCUUCCUACAACUUAUUGGAUCACUGGCUUCAUCAUAUACGUGAUGUGGCCGAGGAUAAUCGUCCAGAGCUGGACUCGAUCACGGAUUUCAGUCAGAAGCAUCGUCGCUUGUCUGAACUUAAUACUCGGGCACAAGCUGUAUCGGUCACACGAGUUGGUUUUGUUCGUGAAGCUAUGGAGAACCGAGGACUCAAGGUUCACGCGUGGGUUUACGAUGUUGGCACCGGACGCAUCAAUACGCUUGACAUCCACGAUGCCAUAGAAAAGGCGAAGUACAAGUUUCAUGAUGAACCUUCUCAUUAG